ACGCAGGCUGUGCGGGUAAAAGCCGGGCGCAGCCCUCCCUUUGCCUUCCGGCCCAGCGCCAUCGCAGCGGAGCCUCGAGAUGGGGAAGUUCAUGAAGCCGGGGAAGGUGGUGCUGGUGCUGGCCGGCCGCUACUCGGGGCGCAAGGCCGUCAUCGUGAAGAACAUCGACGAUGGCACCUCGGACCGGCCGUACAGCCACGCCUUGGUGGCCGGCAUCGACCGCUACCCGCGUAAGGUGACUGCUGCCAUGGGCAAGAAAAAGAUCGCUAAAAGGUCCAAGAUCAAGUCCUUCGUGAAGGUUUACAACUACAACCACCUGAUGCCCACCCGGUAUUCUGUGGAUAUUCCCCUGGACAAGACAGUGGUCAAUAAGGACGUGUUCAGGGAUCCUGCUCUGAAACGCAAAGCAAGACGUGAAGCCAAGGUGAAAUUUGAGGAGAGGUACAAAACUGGCAAGAAUAAGUGGUUCUUCCAGAAGCUGCGAUUCUAAGGGUGUAACGAGGUUGCAUCAAUAAAUGUUUAUUAAAAACCA